AAGGUGUCGGGUUCCUGUUGUACCCGAUUGUUAACCUACAGCUACAGAGAGUUGGCAACACCCUGGCGAGUCGCCACGCCCCCCUUUUCGUGUCCGGCUGCGCCAUGACGUCACUCCAGCAGCACCCACGGAGCAGUCGCAGCCAUUUUACUCCGCCAAAUAAACUUCAACCUCACUGCCGGAGGAGAGCAAAACAUCACAGAGGACUUGCCAGUUGUCACCUACGGAUAUAACACCAUGAACGUUAAGUCGGACGUUCUGAGCUUUCCUGUGUUGUCUAGUUGGUGUGACUCCAUGGUCUAACAUUACUGUCAAGGGAAAGAAGCCUCUAACCUCGUUCCCUCUAUGUCGUCUGCUACUUAAGGUAGCAACCACACUCAACCUGAAGGACGGUGACCUGUUGUAUAUACUUGUUGCGUGCCUGGGACACCUCGAACAGCCCCAAGUUCUCUCCUGAAGCUGGAUGGAGCCCCAGGCUUCCCAGGGGCUCCUUGGGGCAGAAGGGAUGUGUCUGCUGGUGCCCAGUCCCCAGAGUGAAGGAGUGACCCAUGAAAUGGAGGAGUUGUCACUGCAGCCCACCCAGAAUCUGCUGCCGCUCAAUGAACGCAAAAACGUGCUGCAGUUGAGACUUCAGCAAAGACGAACUCGGGAGCAGUUGGUGGAUCAGGGCAUCAUGCCACCGCUAAAGAGCCCGGCUGCGUUCCAUGGGCAGAUUCGCAGCUUGGAGAGAGCCAGGACUGAGAAUUUUCUUAAGCAUAAGAUCCGCAGUCGUCCAGAGAGAGCAGAACUGGUCAGGAUGCAUAUCUUGCAAGAGACUGGAGCUGAGCCAUCACUGCAGGCCACCCAGAUGAAAUUGAAAAGGGCUCGGCUGGCUGACAACCUGAAUGAAAAAAUAGCCCAGAGACCCGGUCCCAUGGAGCUAGUUGAGAAGAACAUAUUGCCUGUGGAUUCCAACCUUAAAGAGGCCUUAAUAGGGCAGGUGAACUAUCCGAAGGUCAUGGAUGAGGACAGUAGUGAUGCCUUGUCCCCGGAGCAGCCUGCCAGCCAGGAGUCUCUGAGCUCUCUGCCCUCACCUGGGGACAUCAAAUGGCAAGAACCUCCCUCGCCAGCCCUACCUCCUCCAGGCCCCAUUUUGAAGUCCCCCUCAGCUGCUACACAAUCCACGACAGACUUGAUGAGGGUGAUCGUUACUAAUGAGCAGCCUACAAGCCGCCCAGCCAUUUCUCAUGCUCAACCAGUCACUACAGUUGCUUCCUCUAAGCCAGGCCCAACCUUGGUGAAACAAAGCCAGCACAAGAUGCCCUCUGAGAAGAUCCGCAGUAAGAAAGGUAAAGAUGCCAAACCCAGAGUGAAAAAGCUGAAGUACCACCAGUAUGUUCCACCAGACCAGAAGCAAGAGCCCAGUGAGGCCCCAAUGGACUCCUCCUAUGCCCGACUUUUGCAGCAACAGCAGCUUUUCCUGCAACUGCAAAUCCUCAGCCAGCAACAGCAACACUACAACUAUCAGACUAUAUUACCAGCCCCACUCAAGCCUGUGGCAGAACGCCAGAGCAGCAAUGCCAGCGGUAUACCGGCCUCCAUUGUGGUUUCUUUGCCCACUGCACCUCCACUGCCCCCAAUGCCUCUGGCCCGGCAGAACAACUCAUUAUCAAACCGCAAGCCCGGAGUCUUGCCUGCCAACUUGGAGGAGAUGAAGGUGGCCGAGCUAAAAUUGGAGCUAAAACUGCGUGGCCUCCCUGUGUCAGGAACUAAAACAGAUCUGAUCGAAAAGCUGAAGCCCUUCCAGGAUCUUCCCAGCUCCUCAGCUCCCAACACUAUUCCCACACCUGCCACUACCACACUCACUGCCAUCCCCAUGGAGACUACCACUACCAGCCCUGCCAUUGUCCAUCCACCCCAGCAGGGAGCUUCUGAAAACAUGAGUGCCACACCUCCAGUCUCCCCUGUUCCCAACGAUCCAUUCACCCUCCACCAGGAUGCCAGCAUGUCUGAAGUUAAUUAUGAAAUACAGUUAGUAUACUCAGGCUCAAGAAGGCCAGGCUCCUCAGCUCUCCCAACCUUGCCCGUGCCAGAGAAGGACAGAAGGCUCCAUGAGAAAGAGCGGCAAAUUGAAGAGUUGAUGAGGAAGCUUGAACAGGAGCAGAAGUUGGUGGAAGAACUCAAAAUGCAGCUGGAGGUGGAAAAGAGGAGUCAGAGCAGCUAUACCGAUUCUACCACCAUAGGCCCCAAGCUCACUACAGUUUCAUGUUCCAUGAACCCUGUUUCCACAGUCCUGAACGCAAACACUGUAAAACCAGAGAAAACAGUCUUGACAAACUGCUCUCCAACUUCCAUUCCUAAUUCUAUCCUGGGCUCCCAGACUCUAACAAAUCCACUGCAAACUGUGGUCAAGUUGGAGGAUGUGACUGUUUCUUCUGGAAAGCCAAUGCAGCUGCAAUCCCAAACACAGCUCAUCACCCAAACCCAGGCCCAAGUAAGCACUAGUCCACAGCUUCUCUGCCAUUCCCAGAGAAGCCCCAAACUCAAGACCCAACCACAGUCUCAACCCAACACCCCCAGCUUGCAGCAGUUCCUCAUCAGCCAUCCCGGCGGGGUGUCCCAGGUGCUCAGGCAACGCCAAACCUUGUUAACCACAACUGGACAACCUCCAACUCUGCUGACAGCAAGUGGCCAUACUGGAACUCAGAUCCUGCUGCCUAUGUCACUACCUAACAACCCCACCGCCAUCAAGCUCCCAAGCACAACCGUCAACCUGCAACCUGUCCUUCAGGCUACUGCCUCAAAUCCAGGCCUCGUCCCAGCCUCUAUUUCUCAGCUGCAGAGCACCAAGAUGGAGAUGUCCCCUAACCAGCAGUUAGCCAAUCACAACUCAUUGCUGCAGACUUUGACUAUGUGCAAUAAUACAACUGACAUGGAGAACCACACUCGACUCGAGAUAAAUCCCCAGUGUUUUCUGAGGAGCUCCCCAGACAGAAGGGCCUCGCCCAACCACGUCAGCAAUGGGCCGCUCAAUAAGUCUUCCUCUCCACAGCCCACCUUCAUCCUCCAGCCUACGUCUCUUCUAUCUCAGCCUCCCAAGACACGAGAGCCUCCUCGCUAUGAGGAGGCUGUCAAACAGACCCGCAACUUGCAUGUUAACAAUGUUUCACAGGUUGCCACAGCAACAAGUCAGCAGAUGGAUGACUUGUUUGACAUUCUCAUACAGAGUGGAGAAAUCACUCCAUUUAUCCAGCACAACCCUGAAGUCUCUGUCACCAAGACCCAGCCGGUCACUGCCAACAUCACCACCCUUCCGGUCAACACCGUCCUCUCCAGACACCCUCCUCAGAUCCAGGUGGCUCCUCCUCCAAUCUUGAGUCUGGCCAUCGACCCCAGCCUGCCUAACAUCUCCUCACUACCCACCGACAACCAGUUGGAGGCCUUUCUGGAGAGGACGCUGGCCGACACACCGGCGGCAUCCGACCCUCGCACCCGGGGCCUGAUGGAGGAACUGCAGGCACAGCUGAUGGACCAUCAGCCUUACUCGCCCAUGGAUACAUCUGACCUGUCCUUCUGUGACUCCUCCUCCCCGCAUUCCUCUUUCAAUAUGGGUCUGUCUGAUCCAGCGCUGGACAACAUGGAGUGGCUGGACGUCACCAUGCCACCAGGUCCCGGCGGGGCUCUCACGCCGCUCGGGAUCCCGACAGACUUCCUGGACACACAUGACCUGCAACUGCACUGGGACUGACGAAUGAAUAUGAGAAGAGCUGGGGAAAAGUAGCUGAGAAGGAGCGCACUAAAGGAAAACCGAGAUCCCGAAAUAUACCCCACCAUACCACUACACAGGCAGUGCACUGAUUCACAGGGAAUGACAAGCAGGAGAUAGUACAGCUUUAAAUGAUGUCACUUGUAGUAUUAUGAUUGGAGGGGGAAAGUAAGCGAUAACGACUGUUUCGCCGUCUGAUGUCACGAUUGUUUAGCGAGGUAAAUAGAAUUUGAAACCAAAGGAAAUCUGGUAGCAAGGACUUUUUGUACAUAAUACGUCCUCCAGGAUCUCUAGGCCUGGCUCAUCAUAUCCAUUGCAGGAUUAUCAAGCAGCAGCCGUAACGAUGGCUGCUGUAUAAAAAUGAAGUCGUUCUAACACGACGACAGUCUUCCUGACCCAUCCUGCAUGUUUGCCGACUUAUCAAAUGUGACUUGUUACACUGUUAUGACGCUGAUGAACUGAUUGCGGUGGAGGUAGGAUGCUAUGAAAAGCAGUUUGAGCAUUUAUUCGAUACCCUUGAUAUCCAGCUUAAAGCCCAGUAGUAGUAUGUUCGUUGUCCUCACUAGUAAGACAAUUCAGCACACCAGUAGAGUUAAUGUUAUCUUACUAGUAAAGAUUUUUUUCAAUAAAUGCUCAAAAGGCUUUAUGGAAAUUCAUAUGAGCGUUUAUUCAAUGUCAAGGAUAUGAUUGAAAAUUGUCUUAAAAUAAGUACAGUAAGACGUUUCCAGUAGAAAUAAGAUAAAUUCACCAAGUAAGAUUUUGUGUUUUUGCAGUGUAAUACUGAGGACAAAGCGCAUACUAGAACAUGGACCUUAAGGAUAUCGAAUAAAUGCUCAAGCGGCUUUCCAUAGGAGUCCUCUCUGACCACACGGGAGCUAUGCAUCGAAGAGGUGUGGAGUCGGUCGCCUCAAAACUACGCUUAAUGUGAACUUCGCAUAUCACAAGUUGCUCCAAAACGAUCAACAUUGAUUGUGAUCAGUGCCGCUCGGGAUCACGAGGCUGAUCGUCUUUUAGAGAUUUGCCGUUGGGUCUCUUGUUUUUGAAUGUAUUCUGCAGAUUUGACAAAAAAGAGAUUUUACUCGUAAUGCCGGCAGCUAUUGUGACGAACAAUUGGGGAAAGGGAACAAAUACCAAUCGCACUCUUUCAGUCGGUGUGGCUUACGACUGAAAAAACACUUCAAUUAACAAUUGAUUAACAGUAGGGUUGAAGACAGCCAAUUUUGCUGCUGUCUUUUAUUAUCAUGACUAAUGUCAAUUAUUCAUUGUCCUGCAUGUGCUACGGUGCAUCGUCUUCCCGUCUUUCUGCAUGUGUGUCGUCUUUCCGUCUCCGUGUGCAUGAUUGUCCUCAAGUCUCGGCGUGUCAACAAAACGUGCUACCACGAUCAAAUCGUUUUCGAAUGAGUAACAAAAGGCUUCUAACGACUUUUCUUGGCUAUUUGUGGUCCAAACAUGUACUGACCCCCUGAGAGGUGUCAGCAAAGAGGGCUCUGCUAUUUUUAAACCUUGUCUGUGUCAUAUAUGCAAAAUAGCGAGCCGCUCUCGUCCACAUCUUCAGUUCAGUGCGGAGUUCCAGUUUGAAUCUGCUUCUUUCCCUCAUCUCGUACCACUUGUUCUGUUCUUACGUCCGUGACCACUAGAGGGCGUCACCACGCUUGGUUUUCAACUGCAGCAUUCCAAAGGAUUUGAAUUAUGUUGUCGGCUGGAUUUACACUGAGCGCGCAAUUCUGAUUUAAUGUGUUUUUUUAUUUUUAUGUAUAUUUCAAGUGACACACAUCAGAUAUGGCUGUGUUUACGUUGACAUGAAGCAACCCGCCCACAUUGCACGUGUACAACUCCACAAGUGUCAAAACCUGGCAGUGACAACACUGAAUUGAACAAUAAUACAUAAAAAAUACAAAUAUUAAACAUCACAUACAGUUAAGAUGGCCUGGGCUGAUUUAAAUGAUGCCAUGGAUUUGAUUGUCAGAUCCCCCCCCCCCCCCCCCCACACACACACACACAUUUUUUUGCUCUUGAAGCUGCCAUGACACACAUCCAAAUUGUCUCACAUGAGCAAAAAAACAAAAAACAAAUCUGAUUUGGUGUCACGUGAACCACGCAGUGUAAAACCAGUUUAUUUCAAAAUGCUAAAUAACCGAGAGCUUUUUGUCAGUGCUGUAGCCACACAGUGACGCACACUCAUGUCUGCGUCUGUGUGUAUGUAUGAAAGUGCACAAAAGCCAGCAAUACCUGGAAAAGGUUUGAGCCAAACUCAACUUUAGACCCCGUUUGUUCCACAUCUGUGCACAAACAAACAUGAGUUGAAGCAGUUUGGUGGCGAUCUACUUGUGUUAACUCUGUAUUGUGAGGCCAUCUUGUAUUUUUCUCUCCCCACAUUACUGAGCGUUAAAUCCUCGGGGCUAGGUUAUCCUUUUUGGUUUUAUAUUAAUAUCUGUUUGCUUUGAAUGCUCUAUGCCCCCCCCCCCCCCCCAAAAAAAAAAAAAGCGUUUGGAUAUAUUAUCACUUGUUUUUUAUAUAUAUAUAUAUAUAUAUAUAUAUAUAUAUAUAUAUAUAUAUAUAUAGAGGCGGCACGGUGGCCGACUGGUUAGAGUGUCAGCCUCACAGUUCUGAGGUGCGGGGUUCAAUCCCCGUCCCCGCCUGUGUGGAGUUUGCAUGUUCUCCCCGUGCCUGCGUGGGUUUUCUCCGGGCACUCCGGUUUCCUCCCACAUCCCAAAAACAUGCAUUAAUUGGAGACUCUAAAUUCCCCGUAGGCAUGAGUGCGAAUGGUUGUUUGUUUCCAUGUGCCCUGCGAUUGGCUGGCAACCAGUUCAGGGUGUACCCCGCCUCCUGCCCGAUGACAGCUGGGAUAGGCUCCAGCACGCCCGCGACCCUAGUGAGGAAAACCGGCUCAGAAAAUGGAUGGAUAUAUAUAUAUAUAUAUGUUUUGUCAUAUCAGACCUCUCGGCUGCAGUUGUGCAGGCGAUCGGACUCUCACUGGCCAGUUGAGGACAGCUCGUGCUGUAGUGAUGACAGCUGCUCCUUUUCUUGAUGUACUGUACUUGAAUGCAGACUCACGCGACACUCAAAAUCCCUUCAUAUCAGAACGCUUCUUACAGACUGCACAUUUUAUUGCCGUGCUAACAUUUUGAGAUUUUCAAGCUAAGUGCAAACUAUUAAGGGAUGUUAAACUAAGCACAAGUGAGGUUCUGGCCCUUCUGCAGCCGAUCCCUUCAUUGUAGCUUUUGGUCCCUCUUCUCCCAUUGCCUCUUGUUGUUCGUAGGCCAUAUGUUUUGCACAUUAUGUACAUAUUUAUAUAGAUGUAAUUCAUAUUUUUAUACAUGUGUGACUUCCACGGGCUCUCUAUUUUGUAAAUACUCAAAGUUGUAUGACUUUUAUGUGACAAUAAAAAUCUGGUGUACUAUGAA